AAUGGAUAAUACGUUCUUCAACGAAAACUGUAGAAAUUUACUAAAAGAGUUAAAGAAAUCUUACGUCACAGCAGUUUUAUUCUAUUUUGAUAAUAUUCCUUCAGAUCGUAAUAUAUCAAUCCUGAAAUCUGUUAAGAGACCAUUUUGGGCUUAUACGCAAAACUUUAUUCAAGUUAGUAAUGACACCUUAGGGAGAAUUUUACGAUUUUCUUCAUACGAUAUCGUUCAAUUUCAAGUGUUUAAUGGAACAAGAAAUUUAGCUUUUCGGGCAGAUGUUAUCAAUUCUAAAAGUUUGAAGAUUUUUCAAUUAACUGAUGGAUAUUUCAAUGAACCGGGUUAUUCACUCGGUUAUAGGGAUACUCUUAUCAUAACCUUUCCAACAGAAUUUUAUAUAAACUUUAUAAGAGGAUUAGUUAGACCUACAGGGUGCAAUUGGCAAGCUAAAAAUAAAUCUAUUGUCAUGGAUAUAGAUAAAUACAAUCAUACAAAAAUCAAUUCAACAUCCAAACGGGACUGUCAAUUAAGCUGUCUACUUUUAUCAUCUUGUAGUUCCAUUAUGUUUGAUAAAUUAAAAGGAGAAUGUUAUAAAUUUAAUACUAAAGCUAUGAAGUUAAAUGAAAAUGGAAAUUAUGUGUUUAAACAAAAGAAAUGUACAAAAAAAAGUAUUUGA